GCUGGUUCCCAACGAUCAGCACUAAACCUCCCAAGAACAUAAAGAAGCAACUUUCUCAGGAGUCAAAAAUAGGAAUGGCAGUCGAAAUCCACGGCGACUUGUCUCUAUAUAUCGUUUUUUCAGAAUUAACCUUACUCUUUUUCUUCUAUUUCCUCUUCACUUCCCUCAAUCACUUUCCAGCUUUGGGCGCGUCUUGAUUUGGGAUAUUUGAACUUCAUAAAACAUGGGUGACAUUAUUGAUUUAACGGGGGACAGUGGUGUAAUCAAGCAAAUCUUAAGGGGAGCCAAGCCUGAUGCAGCUGGCCCAACUGAGAACCUUCCUCUUGUUGAUGUUCAUUAUGAAGGAACUCUUGCUGAAAGUGGUGAAGUUUUCGACAGUACACAUGAGGAUAAUACGGUGUUCUCUUUUGAGCUUGGUAAGGGUAGUGUGAUUAAGGCUUGGGACAUUGCGCUCAGAACCAUGAAGGUUGGGGAGGUUGCAAAAAUCACUUGUAAGCCAGAGUAUGCAUAUGGAAGUGCAGGUUCGCCUCCAGAUAUUCCCCCAGAUGCUACCCUUGUUUUUGAGGUGGAGCUGGUGGCCUGCAGGCCACGGAAGGGGUCUAGCAUUGGAAGCGUUUCAGAAGAGAGGGCAAGAUUAGAAGAGCUUAAGAAGCAAAGGGAGAUAGCCGCAGCAAGCAAAGAAGAGGAGAGGAAGAGGAGAGAAGAGGCGAAAGCCGCUGCCUCUGCCCGCAUACAAGCCAAGUUGGACGCCAAGAAAGUUCAGGGAAAGGGGAAGGGCAGGGCAAAGUAAGGGCCAUUUCACCACAUUUCCCUUACCAGUGAAAAUCGUUUUAAACAACUGAAUAUAGAACAGAUGAUUUCAUCUCGUUUUAGGUAAUAUAUUUACAGUUUAUUGGGUUGUUUCAGACUUUCAGUAGAGCAUUAAAAGCAACGAGAGCUCUCCUUUGAUGUUGCAUAUGACACUUUAUAUGAGAAUUUAUAUUUUAUUAAAUUAAUGAAUCAAUACAGAAACUGGGUUUCUAUUCUGUGGAA